GGCCGCGGCGGCGGGCCCGGGCCCACGCUCUCGAGCACCUCAUGUUCGACUCCGAGGAAGAGGAUCUCCCGCUCCCGGGCAGGUAUCGGCCCGAGCACCGGGAGGCCCGCGAGCACCAUCCCCGUCAGGAGCCGCGGGAUUACACCGAGCGGCGGCCCCACCAUCACUACUAUCACGGCCGCAGGGACGAUUACGAGCCCCAUUCGGGACCCGUACCCGUCCCGCCCGCCCCCGUCGUUCAACCCGGAUCCACCUCGUACGCGCCCGCGGCCAACAACCAGGAGAGGUCGAGCGAGAAAUCUGCUGUUGCGUUUCGUGAAGGUCGUGAAGGCCUACAGUUAGCGAACUUAUGCGUGCCACACAGAUCGACGAUUAUCGGCUCGGCGGACUCGAACUACUCACAGCCGAGCUCCGAUCUCUCGCUGGACGAAGAGAAAGAAAGCUUACGCCGCGAGAAGGAAAGGGAUGCCCUCACUUUACUCGACAGAGCCAGGAUGAAGCCAGUAGCGUUUGCAGUGCGAACGAAUGUCAGCUACGAUGGAUCCUUGGAUGACGACAAGCCCUUUCAUAAUUCUAUCAUUAGUUUCGAAGUUCGAGACUUUCUUUACAUCAAGGAGAAGUACGACGCCAACUGGUGGAUCGGGAGGCACGUGAAGGAGGGCUGCGAGGUCGGCUUCAUACCCUCGCCGACGAAGCUGGACGCCAUGAAAAUCCAUUCGAGCGGGGCACGCGGUACCAAGCUCGCCUAUUCGAGUGCACGCGGAGGGUCUUCGGGGAACCUUGGUGAGAGCGGUAUGCCCUCACGAGGUUCCACACCGCCCACACCAGGUGAUGACAACGAUAGCGUCGGCAACAUCCGUCCUGGUAGAGCGAUGCUGACUCCUCCAGCCAAGGAGAAGCGGAUGAACUUUUUUAAGAAGACGGAUGCCGGAUCGUCCUUCGAUGUUGUUCCUUCAAUGAGGCCUGUCGUGUUAGUGGGACCAUCUUUGAAAGGUUACGAAGUUACCGAUAUGAUGCAGAAGGCGCUUUUUGACUUUUUGAAACAUAGAUUCGAGGGAAGAAUUAUCAUAACGAGGGUAAUGGCCGACAUUUCGUUGGCCAAGAGAUCCAUGCUUAACAAUCCGACCAAACGAGCUAUCAUGGAGAGGUCGACGAGUAGAAGUAGUUGCUUAGCGGAAGUGCAGGCUGAAAUCGAGAGAAUCUUUGAACUUGCCUCGACGCUCCAGCUGGUCGUGCUGGACUGCGACACGAUAAACCACCCAUCGCAGCUGGCCAAGACGAGCCUGGCACCGAUAGUCGUGUACCUGAAGAUCUCCUCGCCGAAGGUUCUGCACAGGCUGAUAAAGUCCCGAGGCAAGUCCCAGGCACGACACCUCAAUGUGCAAAUGGUCGCCGCGGAGAAGCUCUCGCAGUGUCCGCCCGAGAUGUUCGACGUAAUCCUCGACGAGAAUCAGCUGGACGAGGCCUGCGAGCACAUGAACGAGUACCUCGAGGCUUACUGGCGCGCCACGCAUCCGCCGGUCAUAUCGGCGGUGCCCCGGUCGAUACCAGCCCCGGACGCACCCACCGACGGCCUUGCAUCCCGCGUCGUCACCUCAGCUGGCCAUCGUGAGAGCUACUACGGCCACGUGCCAAGAGGGCUUAGCGGUACUCGGCGCUCGCGCCUCGAGAGGACCGAUCGAGGCGAGCACUACGGCGAUAAUUACGGGGAGCGGGGGGAGGAUGACGAGGAGCCGUUCCCCGGUUCCGUGGAUAUCCGUCGCUCCCGCCUCGAACGCACCGACCGAGGCGAGCAUUACGGAGAGUACUACGGGGAUCGGGAUGAAGAGGAUCCAUACCCGGGGAUCGGUCCCGGAGAUUAUGGAAGCGUGCGUCGCAGUCGACAGCAGCAGCAGCAGCAACAACAACAACAACAACAACAACAACAACAACAGCAGCAGCAGCAGUUUGGUAAGUUUUCGGCAGAGAGCCGAGUCGAUCUGGCGUCAUCGUUCCCAUUAGCUUUCUCAAUGCCCGAGAACGGCGGUUUCGCCUGCGAACCUAAAUGUCUCUUAUCCAAGGAAAGUCAAUGCGAUAAGAAUGAAAAGGCCAUGGACUACUACCUGCUUUAA